UUAUAUUAUUGAAUUGGUUAAUAACAGUAAACAUUGUCGACGAACUUUUUAUAUUUGAAAACAUUUUUCAGAGAAGUCGAUAUUAUUUAUGAUGAAGACUUAGAUUCCAUUCGGCAUAAAAUAAAAGUGUCAUAUUUUAUAACAUAUCAAAUAGUAUCUCUUUGGUAUAGUGAUGUGUUGCUGCGCUCGAAAAUAGGUUUUGAUACAUUGCUUGCAACGUAUAUCUUCCAUCAGAUUCCUCCGGAUUAUGAUAUAAUGAAUUUAUUUAUCGCCGAAACACAAUGGGAAUCUCUUCUCUUUGAUACUGCUUCGAAUGCAAAUGAAACGAAUUCACUUAGCUAUCAUCUAGAUCAUGUAAAACCAUCCAAUAUAUGGCGCAUGAUACAACAUUUGAUAAGUGCUGAUGUGUUCUGGACUGGUAUCCGCACAUAUGUUAAUAGCAAACAAUAUAAUCAAACAAAUGAUUUAUGGAACAUGAUGCAAACUAUUAUACCAAAUAACGCAACCGCAUUUAUUGUAAAAAGACUUAUAUCUAUUUGGAUAGCGGAAAAAUAUUAUCCUGUACUGUAUGUGACACGAGAUUAUUUGACUAAUACGACAAUAUUUGAAUAUCUUAAUUUCGAUUUUAUUGACGAGGAUACAGAACAUCGUUCAACAUUCGUGACAUAUACGACAAAAUCAAUCAUGAACUUCCAAGACAUUUAUCACAAUAAUUCCUUUUGGUUAUCACCGCAAAAACCGGUAAAAUUAGUGCAAGAGUUUGAUAAAGAUGAUUGGAUUAUAGUUAAUUUACGACAAAUAGGGUAUUAUCGUGUUAAUUAUGAUACUGAAAAUUGGCUUAAUCUUGCGCAAUACAUGAAUUCUGUGAAAUAUGUCGACAUUCAUGUUCUCAAUCGGGCUCAAAUCAUAGAUGAUGCAUUUUACUUCUUUAUGCAUGAACAAAUUGAUUACGUUACGUUUUGGAAAAUUUCUGCAUUUUUAUCACGAGAAAUGAAUUAUGUAGCAUGGUAUCCUAUGUUUAAAGCUUUUGAACAUAUGAGUGUUAUAGUUUCAAUUAAAGAUACUGAUGACCUAAAGGAAAAAAUGGAAAAAAUAUUGGGUGAAGUUUUGUAUGCAAUAAGAUAUUUUGCACAACAAUACGAAAGCGAUCUCACCGAAUGUUUAAGAGAGGAAGCCAUAAAAUGGGCAUGUAUUAUUGGUAACAAGAAAUGUAGAGAAGUAGCCAAUAUGGAAAUGACAAGAUAUCUACAUUCUGAAAGUGGCAUGUUUGUAAUGCAAUCGGAAUGGAAAAGAUGGAUGUAUUGUAAUGGUUUGGUAUCAGCGAACAAAACCAUAUGGUACGCUGUAUGGUACAAAUGGGCAGUUACUGGUGAUAUAAAAUUUUUGGAAUAUUCAACUUGCAGUGAAGAUCCUGGAGUCAUAUCUCAUUAUUUGUGGCUAAAUUUCGUUGAUAGUAUUUUAAUAAAACACAAUACACGUGCUCACAUAUUUCUUCUUACCGUUGCGAGACAUGCAAGAAACGAUAUAGUUUGCAAUUUUAUAUUGCAAAAUCUCAAAAAUAUUACAUUUAUGUUUACCUCCAACACGCAAGCCGACAUAAUUGCAACAUUAAUUGUUAUUAUUACGCAUCAACAUGCUGCAGAGCAAUUGGCUAAGGUACUUGAGUUUGCGAAAGUUAAUUUGAGAGAAAAGCGAUUAGUUGAUGCUGUUCAAAAAAAAAAUAAAAAACGAAUAUACGAGCACGCAAAAAAAGUCAAAAACUUGGGACUAAUCGGUUUGCGUCGGUUUAAAUAAUAUUUGAAUAAUAUUAAAUUAAAAAUGUUGCACUAACAUCCUGCGAUGGC